AUGGACUCCUCCGAGCUGUACCACGUUAAACAACAAUUCGUACUUGGUGCAUACAAAACCCUAGUCGACUUGACUUUACCGGACCCAAAUUCACCGGAUUUUCUCCCAAUUUUGAUUUACCAGGCCCGGUCACACAUUGCUCUUAACAACCCGAAAGCUGCCCUGCAACUUGUCCCAGCUGACUCUGAAAAUGUGGCUUUGAAAGCCGUCGCAACUCUAGCAAAAUUCGUAGCAGCAGAAGGAACGGCGGACAAGGAAGCUUUACUGGAAGAAUUACGCGAUCUCUCGGUUGAAAUUGAGGGUGAUGAUGUGGAGGGUACUGAUCGCGAUAAGGCUACUGUUAGAGUCUUGGCUGGAACAGCAUUUGCCAGAGCAGGCGAGCUCGAAGAAGCGCUCGAGACUCUUGGUGCUGAUACUGAAGAUCCCGAAGCCGUGGCUGUUAUCGUUCAAAUAUACCUAUCCAUCAACCGUCCUGACCUUGCCAAGAAGGAGUAUGAACGUUCCAAGCGUUGGGCAGAAGACGAUCUUCUCCUCCAACUCAUCGAAUCCUUAAUUGGGCUCGCCACAGGCAAAGACGGUUAUCACAAUCCUUACACCUUCUACACCGAACAGCUAGGAAACCCCUCUCUGUCUUCCCCACAUGUACUCACUGCUCGAGGCGUGACACGUAUCCUCCGGAACGAAUUCCCGGAAGCCCAGUCCGAUUUACAAGAGUCUCUUGAACAGUACAAGGAUGAUGCAGAGGCUUUGGCUGCGUCUGCUGUUGCCUCGGGAUUGAGCUCCACGAAGAAAGGCGAAACGGACGCGAACGAGCUUUGGGCUCGAUUGACGUCUGAAUAUCCCGACCACCCGAGUGUUGUUGAUCUAUCAAAGAAAUCGGCGUUAUUCGAUGAAGCAAUGGCCAAAUACACUGUUCCUCCGUUAGCUACAGCGACGGCGUAA